AGCCCUCCACCCAGUGAGCGCAGAGGGAGCUGAAGGCGCCGCGCGGGCUCGGGACCUGCCGCCCCCACCCGGUUGCCGAGGUCGGCGUCGCCGCCGUGGGGUUUCGGGGAGGCCUGCGCGCUGCGUGGCCUUCUCCCGGCCAGCUGUGCGGGCGGCUGGACCAGCAGCAGCAGCAGCAGGGAGAACUCGAGCGCCGGCGGCAGCAGCGACACCAUGGAUCUGUCUUUUAUGGCCGCACAGGACAACUUUUGGAGUAAGAUAGACACGCAGGAAAGCGGACGGCUUUCUGCAUCUCCUCCAAGUGAGCGCACGCCUGUGACCAGCACCCAGCUGCCCAUGAUGGGAGGCGCCUUCAUGGACUCGCCCAACGAGGACUUCAGCACCGAGUACUCCCUCUUUAACUCCUCCACCAACGUGCACGCGGCCUCCAACGGCCAAGGUCAGGCCGAGGAGCCGCCAAGGUCGUCCAACGAUGCCGUCUUGCUGUGGAUCGCCAUCAUAGCGACGCUGGGGAACAUUGUCGUGGUGGGGGUGGUGUAUGCCUUCACCUUCUGAGCCGCGGGAGCUCCGGGACGGCCCCCCCUGUGCCGGGCUCACAGCGGGGCACUGUCGCUGUUGGCCUUUGGCUGCGCCCACGUUCUAGAACCAGGAGUGCUGACCAGGUGCGCGGUCUCUCCAAGGGGAGUCACCAUGCGUCUGGGAUUUCCCCAAGCGGCCCUGAUUUCAGAUACUCCAGGCUGUGGUCCAGCUGAUCCAGAAAAUAUGGGAGCCUGGGCUUCCAGCCCCCGGAGGCACGCCGGGGCAGAGCCUUCGAGGAGUAGAUUGGGGAAUUCUUGAAACUGCAUUCCACGAACACGAGACCAGACGGAGCAGCCAGUCAGUUUAAAAUACAGACAUGGUUGGAUGAUCCUUUGCUGGCACUGAAUAAUCACUUCUGUGUCUCGUUUUUCUGCCAGCUUACCUGAGGGCAAGGGCAGCCCUCAGAACUUGAGUGUUGCCACCCCAAUCUGGUUUCCCAGUCAGCCCCUCGGAAUAUUGGUGGUGGUCACUUGAAGGGUCAUAGAACGUUCCUCAUUUGACUUGGAAAUGGCAUCUUUGUUACCAGACACCUGGCCCCUUAUGAAACCCAAGGUUGGGGGAUUCCUGGUGACGUGGACAGUGAUGGUGGUUUUUAUCUGCUGGAUGGACUUUCUCUUCUUUGUGAAAAGAGGAGAAGGUGCCUUUAAAAAUUAGAUCUGCCAGGCAAUUAACUCUUUAGAUCACCCACUGAAGAUGCUCUUUCCUCUCUGAGAAAUCACGGAAUUUUAGGGAGGAGGUGUGUGUACCUCAUCGAUUGGCGGGUGGGAGGGAGAGGGACGUGAUUUGCCUGUGGUCCCAGGGCAUAUAAAGGCAGGGGUCAGAGUAGGAGGGACAUUUCCUGCCCAUCAGUUCUGGGCUGUCUCUGCCCCAUCUAAGCACUGUCUUGAGCAGAUUCCUGCCUUCUCAGCUGCCCUGGGCAGAAUGUCCAGAGGGUCUGGAAGCGGUGUGCAGGGCGGGCAGGGAGUUAGACACCCACACUGUACCCUUGGUUUGGCUCCCAUGCACCCUUGCAGGUGUAAAUAUGCUCUGCCUGAGUCAGUUCCCUUACAAGCUUAAAUGGCAGCGGCUGGGGGGCUGGCACACCUGGGAGCCCCUCAUCAGGGCCAGAGCGCUGCUGGCCUUUGGGUGCACCCACGUGCUGGGGGGAUCAGUAUAGGAAAGGGCUCACUUUUCUUCAUGGCGCAGUGCCCCCCUUCCUGAAACAGCUCUCCCUGUGCCCCCGAGUGGGACGAGCUGAGACACGGGCUUGCUUGCCUACAAGCCAGCAGUGGCUUUCUUCUUCCUCCCUGCUCUGUACAGAAGGAAACAGAGGCAGAAACUCCUCCUCUGUGGUUGAGAGACUUAGAAGACCGGUACAGAAGCCCUCAUGCAUACUCGGAGGCAAUUGCAAAAAGGCUGAAUUUGUCACUGUGGUCUCAGGAGAAAUGAGUGUUUUUGAUAGGCAAAGGGACAUCUUAAUUGUCCAGAGGAAGCCACUCGUCUGUGGGAGAUUGGCACCGAGCUGCCAUGAUAACAGGAUUACCGGCCCACGCUGCAGACAGCGCCGGCCACCAGCCCUUAUUGGCCGCAUCUGUCACUGCCGCCUGGUGUCCAUCCACAAGUGCUUCAGUUCAAGUGGAGGUCGUGAGCACAGAGAGCUGGCGUGACCUUUGUGGAGCGGGAGAAGGGCUGUGGUACCUUUGGCCUGGACUCCUUCUGGAAUCGCUGAGCGCGCCCUGCUGUCUGGAGGCAGGACCAGCCUGGAGGCGGGGCUGGAUGGCGGCCGUUGUGAGCACAUCAUUCCAGCUGCUUCUCCAGCAAACUCCUGUCCAUCAAGGCCUGGCAUCUGCCCCGUGAGCAAGGUCUUUCUUAGACACGCGGCUUUAUGAGGGAACCCAAGGGGGGGACUCCAGAGCCAGGGUGGGGAGACAAGGUGUCUUCAUGGGGGCCGUCCAGCCCCAAUACCCCGAUUCUUUGUCUUCUGACCCCACAUCCCCAGGGAGCCUGCAGCCUUUAAGAGGCAGGUGGCAGCUCCCCGUUCUCAGAUGGCCUGUGGGGAUGGCUAUGGGAGAGAAGGUUCUAUGUUUGAUAACAGGGGGAGGAGUGGGGAAGAGAGGAAAUGUUGGCUUUUAGCUCUAAGGAGACCACCAGCCUCCCAGGGCAGCCCUGGUGGGCCCUGUGUUCGCUGGGCAUUUCUGGGCACAGAGGUCUCCCCUCUGAAGGUUUUGUUUUCCCUGACAUGAAAACUGACAUGCUGGCAGUUAAAUUCAACUUCCAGGUCUUUCUUUUCAGUGUCAGGGCCAUAGAUGGUCAAGAGCUUUAAAGAGCUUCUUGUCUAAACCAUGCAUCGUACGGAUCACAGUGACUUGCCCAGGGUCACCCCAUUUCCAUCUCCUGUGAAUUUUUUUUCCACCUUCACUCAGAUAGCAGCAGGGAUCGAUGCACAUGUUAGAUUUCUAGCCAGAGUGCACUGCCCCUUCCCUCAUGCUGCAGUUGGGGUUCUGUCUUUGAUGUUAAGUAAAGGCCAAGAGAUCUGCCAUCAUUGCUUGAGUCUUGUGUCCAAGCCUUGUGCCAGAUUCACAGGCACAGAUUUAAUCCCUACGCUUCCCUUAGAGCAUCAUUGCUCCAACACACAGUUAAAGGACCAGAAGCCCCGAGGAGCGGAAUCACUUGCCCGCGGCCACACGGCAGGAAAGUGAGGCUUAAAGCCGGACUCUUUCUGGAACAACGCAGCGCUGCCUUCCGUGGCUGGGCGGCGCCUCCAGGGCACAUUUAAACCAGGCCCUGGGUCUCCAGAGGCCGUUUCCCGAGCUCCCACGUCAUGACGUGGCCUCUGCAGGUUGAAGUCUCUGACCAUCCUUGGAAUGGGGCACGUUCAUCCCCCCUUCUCUGCCCAGGCUCUGGGGGGCGUGGUCCCUGUUGCCUGCACCCCCCCCUUUAAGUUGAACUCAAGUCUCUCUGCAUGGCCAGAGAAGUUCCCAGAGACCAGCUUUCUCGGGACCCAUGAAGAAGGCCCUGACCCAGACCCGGAGCCCCACAGAGGGACCCACACGAGGAGUGAGGCUCACACAGGCAGAAUUGAGAAGGAGAGUCAUGGGAUGGUCUGUGCUGCAGGCUGGGCCCCAGCCCAGACUCAGGUCUUCCGCGGAGCCCCAGGGCUCUCCCGAGCAGCUGGGGAUGGCCGCUCCUCUCUCGGACCCCAGCCUGGGGCUCCCGUUCUGGCUUCUCCCAUGUGAGGCUGGCCCCUGAGCCCACCCUGGCUUGAUGGGUCCGUGCUGAGGAAGGAGGGGUUGCCUCUUCAGUAGCUGUUCCUCAGAGAAGGGGUCCUACCACUGCUGGAAUAUGCGCCUCUGCGUGCUUCUGCAUUUCCCCUCUGCCAGCCGUGGGUGUCGCACACCUGUGUGUGUUUGCGCUUCACCGCACAGACCAGCACUUGCUUUAUGAGGUCAUGAGUUGCAGUCCUUGGAGCUUUGGAGGAGAGGCCAGGCCAGGGGACGCUUUAGCCGGGCAUGUCCUAAGGGGAUUCCGCCUCCUAUAGGCCUUGGGAGAGUCAACCGCUCUGCCGGCCCCUGCUCUGUCUUUCCUGCCCUUUCCAUGGGAUUAAGAGGCAAAUGAGACUCCCUUGACCCCGUCUACCCCCCGGAGAAAGAUGCUCAUACUUCCUUUCAGGGGUCCCCCGGAAUCUGAGGGAGAAAAGCAGGGAGGACAGGCUAGUACCACGGGCCUCGAGAGACAACAGGCCAGUUUCCAGCUUGUUCUGAACGGAAGGACUCGCUGCCCGCCAACCCACUAGCAUCUGUCGGAAUCCCUCCCUGGAGACUGGAGACACUUGGCUGCCAUCGACACUGCUGCCCGAUUCCUUCCAGACAAAUGGUCCUCUCCUUCUGCAGGAACUUGACCUUCCCUCAUUAUUAGUAGUGAUAUUGUUAACAAUGAUUAGUGCUGUCGUUACACA